GCAUGCUCAGUACAAAGGAACUUUUGUAAUGGCUGCCAGAUAUAAGUGAGCUUAACGUCUACUGGAAAAACCAACCAACAAACAAACAAACAAAAAAACGUUGGAUAUAAUAGACCGUUAACAUUUAAUAAACCGAGUUAAAAUGGUGUAUGUCCGUACGGAGACAUACAAGAAGACUGUAGUGAACAGACAUAAAGUAAACUGAUACCGUGCUGGUGGUCAUGGCGAUGUGGGAGCGUGUGGAGGCUGUGCUGAACGUGGGCCUCCGAGUGCCCAGCAUCAUUCUGCUGGAGGUGCUGUACCGCUGGGAUGUCAGCUCCUUUUUCCAGAAGAUCCAGAGGAGCAGCCUGAACAACAACCCCAUCUUUCAGUACAAGUACCUGGCUCUGUACCUGCACUACGUGGGCUACAUCCUCAGCCUGGUGUUGCUGACUCUGCCACGGCAGCAUUUGGUGCGCCUCUACCUGUACGUGCUCACCGCUCUGCUGCUAUUUGCUGGACACCAACUCUCCAGGGAUUAUGUUCGUAGUGAGCUGGACUCUGGCUAUGAAGGACCUCUGUACCUGGAUCCACUCUCUAUGAACCGAUUCACCACAGCUCUCAUCGGUCAACUGGUGGUGUGUACAAUGUGCACUUGUGUGAUGCAGACGAAACAGAUCUGGCUGUUCUCGGCUCACCUCCUCCCCCUUGUGGCCCGUCUGUGCCUUGUCCCUCUGGAAGCUAUUGUCUUCAUUAACCGUUUUGCCAUGAUCUUCACCGGACUUGAAGUGAUCUACUUCCUUGCGUCUAACCUACUGGUACCCUACAACUUGGCCAAGAAUGCCUACCGGGAGCUUGCACAGGUGGUGGAGGUGUAUGGGCUACUGGCUCUGGGAAUGUCUUUGUGGAAUCAGCUUGUCUUGCCCAUGCUCUUCAUGUGCUUCUGGUUGGUGCUGUUCACGCUGCAGAUCUACACGUAUUUCAGCACACGGGACCAACCUCCUUCACGCGAACGAUUGCUCUUCCUUUUCCUUACAAGCAUUGCGGAGUGCUGCUGUACUCCAUACUCACUGCUGGGGCUGGUCUUCACCGUGUCCUUUGUGGCGCUGGGCGUCCUCACACUCUGCAAGUUCUACCUACAAGGUUACCGAGCGUUCAUGAACGACAAUGCUAUGCACAGGGGAAUGACGGAAGGAAUCACUUUGCUGAUUCUGUCUGUUCAGACAGGGCUAAUUGAGCUGCAGGUAAUCCACCGGGCCUUUCUCCUGAGCAUUAUCCUCUUUAUCGUUGUGGCCUCUAUUUUGCAAUCCAUGUUGGAGAUUGCUGACCCCAUAGUGCUGGCACUGGGGGCUUCCAGGGACAAGAGUCUGUGGAAGCACUUCCGAGCAGUGAGCCUGUGUCUGUUCCUGCUGAUCUUUCCUGCCUACAUGGUCUACAUGAUCUGCCAGUUCUUUCAUAUGGACUUCUGGCUGCUCAUCAUCAUCUCCUCCAGCAUCCUUACCUCACUUCAGGUGCUGGGCACGCUGCUGAUCUAUGUGCUCUUCAUGGUGGAGGAGAUACGCAAGGCUCCGGUCGAGAACAUGGACGAGGUCAUGUAUUUCGUGAACGGUACCUACAGAUUGCUGGAGUUUGUGGUGGCGCUCUUCGUGGUAGCCUACGGCGUGUGCGAGACGCUCUUCGGACAGUGGAGCGUGAUGGGCUCCACCAUCAUCCUGCUGCACGCUUACUACAACGUAUGGCUGCGGGCGCAGCUUGGCUGGCAGAGCUUCCUGUUGCGUCGUGACGCCGUACACAAGAUUCAGAGCUUGCCCACGGCGUCGGCGCUGCAAUUACAGCAGCACAACGAUAUCUGCGCCAUCUGCUAUCAGGACAUGAAAGCGGCAGUCAUCACACCUUGCGGUCACCUUUUCCAUGCAGGCUGCCUGAAAAAGUGGCUGUACGUGCAGGAGUCCUGCCCCCUUUGCCACGGCCCUCUCAAGAGCCAAUCACCAUCCGCCAGCACUCCUGUCCCCGGCCCUCCUGAUACCGCACCGGCCAAUCCAAAUGCAGAACAGGCGGAACGGCAAGACGCGGUGGCCGUAGAGGAGGCGCCACAAGCUGGAGAAGCCUCCCCAAAUGUUGCAUCCCAAUCAAGUCUUCAAAGUUCAGCUGAGCCAGAGCUUACAAGUGGCCCAUUUCAAGAAGAAUCCUGCAACUGUGAUUCCAAAGUGGAUAAAGAAAAGACGGAAGAGGAUCGAGGCUAAACAAGGGCCGCAGUAGAUUUCGAGUGUCCCUCCGUCCCCUUAAGCAGAGCUGCGCUCUGUGAUUUUCUCAGUGGUGACUGUAUAGAUUUAUCACAGUCACACUGUAAGGCUGCCAAGGUUUAGAAAUCCUCUGAUGAGAUGAUUUAUUUAAGAGUCCUGGAGGUUGAUGGUCUAAACAAGACACACCCACUUUUUUCUCCACCCCCCAGCCCCCCCCCAGAAUUAAUACACGCAUUUCUAUAGAUAUAGUUAUAAAUUUGUGUGCUGGUCAGUUCUUCAGAGUUCUGACUUGUAUAUGUUUUUUAAUUAAUCAUGCUAACUGGACUUUAAUUCCACUUUUUUUUUUUCUUUUUUUUUUUUUUGACAGUUUGCCAUAAUUUCUGUAAACAAUAUAUUCAAAAGAUGGUCCCUAACUUUCUAUUGCACUACAAAUGAGCCACAUUCAUUUCAAGUUUUCUUAUACAUUCUAAAUAAGAAAAUUAAAAUAUAUAUGUAUAUCUAUAUACCUAUAGAAUUAAGAAAUGUUACGUUUUUAAAUCUUUUAACGUGCAUCUGUAAUUUUGGAUUGAUUUUGACAGAACCCAAAAUCUGGAUGCUCAGACAUCUGCAGGGUCAAGCAGAUAUUCACAGGAUUAUCAACCAAGGCAAGCACUAGCGAAUUAUGUUGGAAAUGUUGCACUAUGUUAGCUGCUUUUGAGCCGUCUUAGCUUCUUUCAUGUCUACCAUACGGAGCAUCACAGCUUUAAAGAUUUACCUGAAGAACAGGUAGACUCUUGUAGUGGGGGAUGUCGUUUCUAUGUAGCUUGAUGCCAUGCCAUGCCAUCCUGCUGUGACUCUUGUCAUAUAUGCUUCCAAGUCAGCUCUGUCCUUUCCAGCAUGUAAUCCCUGUGUACAUGAGCUACAGCCUCUUGAAUAUAUAUGUGCACAUAUAUGUUCACGUAUAUACCUAUCUAUAUCUACAUCUGUACAUUUAUCAAGUACUGUAAAUGAGUUUUGUUAUUUGAUAUGCCAAACAGUAUUGAAGCAGUAUCAACCGUUAUGACGUAGCAUUUGGGUUCGUGGGAACACUUUGAUGUCCUCUACAGGUAGAAGUGGGAUUGAGCCUAAAGAUACUGAAUGGGAAUUUGCUGCUUGCUAAUGUCAGCUCGACAGUAUUAGGAUAUCUGGUGACUUUGUGUAGAUGAAUACAUAUACGGUGUAUGAACACAAAACACCAAGUGAUAAUGGAUGGUUAGUGAUGUCUUUAUUUUGCACGUUUUUUGGAAGAAAAAUAAAACACGAGAUUAAGUAGCAUUUCA